AUGGACGAGUUCAUUGAAGCCACGUCUGUGUCGUCGUUCGAACGGCAUGCUGGAGCCAGCGAAGCCGCUCAGAUCUGCAGUGCACGCACCGUCCAAUCGGAUCAGAAGGGUUUCUUCAACGAAUUCUUUCUGGAGGUGAAAGGGGGCUGCAGUGAAAAGUGGCUGAAACAUUACUUUAGCCAAUUGAAGUCAAACGAGGCGCGCAUCCUAUCGAUCUUCAGCGAUCAGGAAAUUUGCGAUACAGUGCUUGGAGUGCUGGAAAAUGUUUCACCUGUUUAUAAACUCAAAGAUGGUCUCUUCUCAGUUCAAAGACGUGCACAGGCAGACAAGUUCAACUUGUUGGGGGACUUCGAGCAGGCCUUAAUGCACGCCAAUUUGGCCGUUAUGCGUGCUCCAGCAAAAGAUGUUGAGCGAGAUAUAGAUAAUGGCCUCAGUUUAGCAAUGGCCUAUCGAAGCCGUGCUGGAAUUCUAAUUAACUUGGGUUAUGGCGAGGCGGCACUAAGAGACCUUAAACUAGCCGCUUCUUAUGGUUUGGAAUUGAAGGGCAAUGUGGAUUACUAUAUUAAAAUGGCGAAGGCGUAUGCUUUAAUGGGCGAAUCAGCGCGAUCUGAUAUAUCACUCAAGGUUGCUGAGAAACUUUCGGGUAAUAAUAUUUCCUUGCGAGACUCCUUUGACGCCGAACUAGCGCUUAUACGACGGAGCGAAACUAGCGAUAAGCCGGUGGUAGUGCCUACACUUACGAACGGAGAAAACCCCGCAUUGCGCGGCGCAUCGAGUUUGGUGAAAGUGGUGGAGACUAAAGAGAGAGGUCGCUUUGUUGUCGCUGGAUACAAUAUAAAAACCGGUGACGUUGUGUUGUGUGAAAACCCAGUUGCCGCUUGUUUAUCGCCAACGUUCGCCGGCAGUCAUUGCCACCAUUGUUUUCAGAGAUUAACCACUCCGGUGCCAUGCCUCAACUGCUCCGGCAUUGCUUUUUGUUCUCCACAGUGUAUGGGAGAGGCAUGUGACAGUUACCAUCGUUUCGAGUGUCAGUUUAUGGACCUUUUCAUAGGUUCUGGCAUGUCGAUACUCUGUUACUUGGCAUUACGCGUUUUCACACAAGCGCCCAGCCUGGAAAAUGCCCUUCAUGAUGCCACAUCAAUGUAUGAGAAUCUCUGUUCCCAUAUUGAAAGCCGCGAAGCUGAAGACUACUUGCAACGAUCUCUGAUGGCAGGAUUUUUACUUCGUUGUCUACAAAAAGCUCAAUACUUUGGUCGGCGUAAGAGCGAAGGCGUGAAUCCAACUGCGGUUGAAUUGAAGGUCGGCACAGCUCUGCUGGGCCUUUUACAAGUUUUGCAAUAUAAUGCUCAUGAAGUUUUCGAGAAAAAAGUUACCGACGAACAUCGCUUCGAGGGAUCCAAAAUUGUGUAUGUGGGUGCGGCAAUUUACGCCAGCGGGGCUUAUUUCAAUCACGAGUGUUGGCCUAGUGUGGCUCGCUAUUUUGUUGGGAAGAAAUUGGUUUUGACAACCGUUAAGCCUCAUCAGCCCAAUGAAAUCAUAGCUGAGAAUUAUGGUCCCAUUUUCACGAAAACAAAUUUGAAAGAGCGCCAACGAUCACUGCGGGCACGAUACUUAUUCGAAUGCAAAUGUAAGGCCUGCCAAGAAAAUUGGCCAACAAUACAAAAGAUUGAAAAGCAAGUUAGAUUUCGGUGCCCGUCCGCAAAUUGCGUUAAUGUUUUGAAAUUUCCAAAAGAUAUAGCCAAAGAGGUGCGGUGCUCACGCUGUCGGAAAAAUGUUUCUCUAAAAGCGAGUGUGGCGAAAAUGAUUCAAAUAGAAGAGCUAUACCGCAGAGCUGCUGAAUCUAUGCACAAUCAAAAGGUGCAGGAGGCCAUUGAUCAGUUUACAGAAGGGAUUGAAGCGUUUUUUGAAAUCGCGGUUUUGCCACACAAAGACACAAUCAUUGCACAGCAUUCGCUGAUUAGAUGCUUUGCUGAUCGCGGCACCACAUUCAAAUAAAACACAACAGCAUUAACUUGAAAUGAUUCAAACAAUUUUAGAUUUGAUAAAAUUAUAUAAGUAUAAAAAUGCACCUUCAUAUUAAGCGAAAUAAAUGCAUAUUUGUUCCGAAAGGACAACUCAAAAUUCUAUCACCACAAUUCAUCUAUACUAGUCUAUAAAAUUUAAGAUUCAGUUAGGCUUAAUUAACGUAACGUAACCUUAAUAUAUUUGACAAAACACUAUAUUUUAGUUCAGGAAUUUUAAUGUGGCUUAUAGGCGGCCAAGUGACCAUCAGCUGAAAAGGAAAAUACAAAAACAAAUUAUUUUCGCUUCGGGCUAAGUUGAUAUGUUGAGUAAUCAUUGACGACUUCUUACGUAAGUUAAGUUAAGUCUACACCAACGAGGCUAUUAUUGUAUGGUCAAUGUUUGUCACGAGUGAGCUCGAAAAAUACUGAACCGAUUUUAAUAGUUUUUUUUUUAACGAUGCAUGGAUGGGAAAGAAUUUGGUUGUAUACUUUUUUUUUUAAUUCUUGGAAGAUAAAGUUAAAAAAAAAAUACAAAGAUGUGCAAGCAUAACGCCCUUUGGUCGUCAAACACACCACAUGGCGAUGCAA